AUGGCCGGCACGGCGAGCAUGACGGCCGAGAUCCAACUUCACCCUCUCGUUCCGACACGACGCACUCACUACGUCCAGAUGCUCCUCGAGCAAGACGAGAUGCCCGUCCUCCACAACAUGCUGGUCUCCUUAUUCGUCUGGCUGCUGCUCGCCGGCUUCCUGGUCUUCCCAGCCAUCUUCACCAGCAUCCAACGCUGGUUGGACAAGGGCGGCCAGGGCGGCUGGGGCGGCCAGGCUACGGAAACCAUCACCAAGGGCGUGAAGAACAUCCCGCUGCUGGUUCUUGCAGCCGUUGCCUGCGGCAUCUCCAUCGUCGGCAUCGCGAGCCUCGGGCUGCGACACAUGGACAACUUCGUCUGGCUGAUAAACAAGCCGCUGUUUCUACCAGGCGUGGCAAACAGUCUGGUUGGUCUCAUUUCGACCCUCAUCGGCGUUUACUCGCAGCAACACGGAAACUGGAGCAUAACAGCCAACGUGACGGCGAUUGUCGAAGGCUCGUAUCUCGUCGUCAGCGGGGUCUGGUUCCUCGGUUUUGACCGAUUCCUCCUUCAAAGGGUGAAGGACGGCCGUGGCGAGCACUACGAGCAGUGGCCGGGUGACGGGAGCGAAGUGGCAAACACGGUGCCGAUGAUCCAACCAGGGAAAUGA